AACGGCACUUGCCGUUACGGUGCAACUAACGAUCACUAGAGAACACCGCCCUCCUGGGACAGGCAGCGUUAGAUUUCGUGCGAUCAAGAUUGCCCGCAUGCGCAGACCGCAUUUAAUCCAGGAAGCGGAAUGUUUUGAGAGCAGCAAAGGAAAAACAAUCACACAUGCAUGGUUACAUCGACUGCCACUGUCAUAUCUCUGCUGGGGAUUUUGACCAGGACGUGGAAGAUGUGAUUGAGAAUUCAAAGAAGGCUGGGUUGCUGGCACUUUUGGCUGUGGCUGAGCAUGCUGGAGAAUUCAACAAAAUCAUUGAGCUGUCACAGAGAUUUUCAGGUUUUAUUUUCCCCUGCUUAGGAGUCCACCCUGUUCAAGAAGGUUCCCCAGAACAAAGGAGUGCUUCUCUUCGGGACCUUGAUGCAGCUCUACCAGUCAUAGAAAAAUACAAAGACCAGCUUGUUGCAGUUGGAGAGGUUGGCUUGGAUUUUACUCCCAGGUUUGUCAGCGGCGAGUCAGAUAAGGAGAAUCAAAAGCAGGUUCUCAUACUUCAGGCACAGCUUGCCAAGGCGCUGGAUCUCCCUUUAAAUGUUCAUUCAAGGUCGGCAGGAAGACCCACAAUCCACCUCCUGAAGGAGCAAGGUGUCGAAAAAGCCCUUCUUCAUGCCUUCGACGGGAAACCUUCUGUUGCAAUGGAGGGAGUACAGGCUGGAUAUUUCUUCUCUAUCCCCCCAUCCAUUAUACGGAGCGAGCAGAAGCAGAAACUUGUGAAACAGCUGCCGCUGGAAAACAUCUGUUUGGAAACCGAUUCGCCUGCUCUUGGACCAGAGAAGCAGGUAAGAAAUGAGCCCCAAAACAUCUGCAACUCUGCUGAGUACAUCAGUAAGAUCAAAGGCGUGUCACUGGAGAAGGUGAUGGAGGUGACGACCCAAAAUGCCCUGCGACUCUUCCCGAAGCUGAAGUCCGCCAUCCGACCUUGACAGCUAUUUAAGUGAUCCAAAAAUACCAUGAAUAUUUUGUCAAGGUUUAUUCAUUACUAUCAUAGGUUUGUAAAAUAACGAUGUCUAAAUGUGAAGCGUAGAUGAAGAAAAUCACAAUGUGAUUAAAAGCUUAAAAACCA